UUAAAGAUGCAAAUGCGAUGCAGAAAGGAACAUGGCGCAUGGCCCAUUGAGGAAAGCCCUAGUUGCAUGGCUUCUGAUUCAGGGGAGGUGUGAUGUAUUUCUAUGGUGUAGAAAGGAAAUAUGUAGGCCUAAGGGAAUAAGAUCCAAACUACACUAAUGGGGGAAGGAAAAACAUCAUUUACUCAUAUUCAAAUGUUCAAAUGAAAAAAAAAUGAAAACACACCCAGUACACUUGGAACACCCCACCUUCGUUCACCUGAGCAACGCCCUCCAACGCCACGUCGAAGGUCGCCUCCGGCAGCGGUGGAGGGCCUAAUCAUGAAUACAACACCCUAGUCUCUUUGUCCCUGUCUCCUCAACUCAAACACACAAACAAUUUUACCUAACUCAACUUCUAAAGCCUAAACCGAUUCCAAAUUAACCAAGAACCCUAAGUAACAAAUGAUAAAUUAAAUCCUCUGUGCUCUGAAUCAAAGCCCCAACCUUCAAACUACAUGCCUGUAACAAUAUUGAAAUAAGAAGGUGAAAUAAAAAAUCUACCUUUCCAGGGAAGAUGAAUGUGUCGAUAAAAUUUCCAGAUUCAGCCGAGUGAAAAGUUUGAAGAACGGUGGGUUCGGUCAAAUAAGUAACGGUAACCAGAGGAUUAUGAAGAAAGCUUAGGGUUCAAGCAACUUGCGUUCGAAAUUAUCUGAGCUGAAGUUUUAGGGAACGUGGCGUUCUUGCAAUAAGGUAGCGGUAACCGGAGGUUUGUUUGAAGUCCUUGAAGGACUUGGUUCAACUCGAAUCAAGGGGAGAAAAUUCAAUAGGAUCCGCAAUAACUCUAGGGGUUGAUUGGUGGUGAUCAUUUGUUCUCUUGUAUUGACUUUGCAACAUGUUAAUAAAAACAUCUCAAUUCUAGAUUUAGAAUUGAGGGCAGAUGUACCCUAAGCGAGGACGAUAGGGGAACUGCCUCAACAAAUCCGGUCUUGUUCUCUCUAUCUCUUAACUCUUUAAAUUCUGCAUUAAUUACGGUUUGUGUGAAAUUAAUAGUAAAAUCAAUAUCGCUUGAUUGUUGUGCAUAGUAAGUGUUCGAUAAAUUGGUGCAAUCACUUUGAUUACAGCUGAGUAAAAUUCUGCACAUUCAAUUUGAGUGAAAUUAAAACUUCGUGUGGAGUGCACUCCAAGUGUUCGAUAAAAUUAAUCUUAGCAAAUUUAGUAAUAUUUUACUUGCUCUCUUAUUGUGUUAACGCAUUAUUAGAGGUAAUGAUAUCAAGGAUUAUGGUAGUUAAUCGAUUGAAUUAGAUAGUGGUUGAUUUUCUCUAUCGUAGUUAUUCCAUUCGGUUUCACGCAUAUCUGAUCUUUCCGUUAACGGAUCGUUAGACGAUUAAAAUCUAGGGUGCUUCUGCUACCGUUGAAAACAUUUUUAAAAAGCGCUAAAUUUCAAAAACGGAUCUAUUCAACCCCCCUUCUAGAUCGGUACUAUCGUCUAACAAGUGGUAUCAGAGCCUGGUUCAUUUAGUGAUAACUUUUUAGAAAAUGAGUAACGAUCCUAAAGGGCCGUACAAUAGGGCACCCAUUUUUACUGGUGAAAACUAUAAUUAUUGGAAAGAUUGUAUGCGUAUCCAUAUCAACUCUAUUGAUAGGAAAGUAUGAAAAGUCAUCCAAGAUGGUCCUAUGGAAAUAACCAUGACCAAUGCGGAUGGUUUUGUUAUACCUAAACCUGAAGCACAAUGGAAUGAAGAAGAUGAGAAAAAGUACAGCUAUGAUUGGAAAUCCAUAAACAUACUCAUCACCGCCUUAGGUGUUGAUGAGUAUUAUAGGGUUUCCCAUUGUACUAGUGCUAAAGCUAUGUGGGACUCAUUGCAAAUUACCUAUGAGGGAACCAAUGAUGUCAAAUUAGCUAGAAUCAACACCUUAACUCAUGAAUUUGACCUUUUUCAUAUGGAGGAUGGUGAAACCAUCGCCGAUAUGCAAAAGAGAUUUUAUCAUCUAAUCAAUCAAUUAAAUGCUCUUGGUAGAACUACCCCUAAUGAUGUUGCUACUAAUAAAAUCUUAAGAUGUCUUAACAGGAAUUGGCUACCAAAGGUCACCGAGAUUAAGGAAGCCAAUGAUCUAAGAACAUUGGACAUGGCAACAUUGUUUUGCAAACUUCAAGAGCAUGAGCAAGAGCUCAUGAACUUGGAGAAACAUGAGAAGAGUCAAAAGAAGGAAAAGAAGGAGAAAUCUAAAGACACCGAAAGGAAGUCUAUCGCUUUAAAGACUUCAAGAUAUAAGUCAUCCACCAAUGAUGCGUGUGAGAGUGAAUCAAGUGAUGACAAUAAAGAUUCGAAUGAAGACAUGGGGCUGUUCGUAAGGAGGUAUAACUGAUACCUUAGAAAGAAUGAAGUCCAACAUUCGGAUAAAAAUCUUAUCAACUAUAGAAGACAAUCAAAAUUCCCGAAUCAAGAGGAAGGUAAGACAACUAAGUCAAAAGGAUCAUGCUUUAAUUGCGGAAAGAUCGGUCAUUAUAAGUCAAAUUGUCCCUUGUUGAAGAAAGACAAAGGAAAAGACAAACGUCAUAACAAAUAUAGUAAAGCUAGAAGAGCAUACAUUGCAUGGGAGAGUGAUAGUGAGUCCCCAAGCAAUGAUAACUCAAGUGGU